AAAAUACGAUUUUGUUGUUUUCAGUAAUUUUAUAUCUUUAGCAUGCUAUAGUGCGUCAACUGAUUUGGCGAUUCGGGCCCAUAUAGGACCGCCUCUUGACGGCAUCUCGCUCUUUCACCGCCACGCGCGCGCGAGCGAGAUACCUCACGUUUCACCAUGCUACGACUACAGGCUGCCACCGCUCUUCGCUGCGCGUGGUCCCUGCACGCCUCGCAGCGCUGCGCCGGAGCGGCGGCGUUGCUACGGCAACCGCAUCCCGCACGCGUGAUUGGCCGAGAAGAGUCGACGGCGCCGCGGCGGAAGUCCCCGGGAAUCGUCAAGUCGGACGGACGAUCGGGAGGGGAAGUGACAACGAGCCUGGGAGAGAAAGUGAAGCAGACGAGCAAAGAUCUGACGUGGAUAGUAGUUAUCGUUGGAGGAGCAGGCAUUAUAGGUCUCAUGUUUUACUACAUAUUCUAUGAGCUGUUUUCUAAAGACAGUCCUACGGGAGUGUAUGGCGACGCCUUGAAACGCUGCAAGAAGAAUAUGAAGGUGACGGACGUGCUCGGCGAACCGCUGAAGGCUUACGGCGAGAUGUCCAGCAGGGGGCGCCGGCGGCACGUGAGCAACACGGUGUUCGUGGAACGAGACGGAACGAAGCACAUGAGAAUGAGGUUCUACGUGGAAGGUUCCGUGCGGAAGGCGACCGUUCACGUCGAGAUGAGAGAGAAUGAUCGUGGAAAAUACGAAUAUCUGUAUUUGAUCGUCGAACUGGAUGGAUAUCCGCAGAGAACUAUCGUCGUGGAAGACAAUAGAGGUCUAAACCUGGUGAAAGUGUAGAAAACAACAGAGUCGUAGAUUUGGUGAAAGUGUAGUAAACAAAAGGUCUAGACUAUGUGAAAGAGUGGGAGGAGAAAGAGUUAAAAGACUGUGUGAAACUGUGGCAUACAAGAGACCUAGACUAUGUGGAAGUGUAGAAGAAAACAGAGAUGAACUCCUAAUGAAAGAUUAAAAGACAACAGGGGUCUUAUCUAUGUGAAAAGGGUAGAUGACAGAGUCAUAAACCUUGUGAAAGUCUAGAAUCGAUGACAUCACUGCGGUUCGAAACCGCGACAGGCGUAUUUGCCCGCGAGAGAUUUUUUAGCGCCACCUACCAGACUGAACUUCGACUAGAAACCACGUCGAGUGUAUUCGCCCGCGAGGGGGCGUUCAGCGCCACCUACCAGACGGAAUUUGCGACGAUCGGAGCAAGGGAGCGAUUUUUUGCCGUUGGCAUUUUUUUCGCAGGAUAGUUGCGAGAGAUUGUCGAUAACGAGACGUAGCAGAGCGUAUAACGAGGAUGAAAUGACUGCUCACCUCACAGGAUGCUGUGUGUGUGUGUGUGCUGUGGAUCAAGGACAUAUCCAAGGUCACGACGAUGCCGAGAAAACGGCCGUUCUCGCUGCGUGCGGUCAAACCUGCAUAUUAGGGCCGUUCGAGGGAUGCGCCCAAAUUGACCUUUGUAGACAGAUUUUCAGUCUAUAGCGGUCGUUCCGUUACAUAACUGCCAGUCAAAGGAACGGCCAAAUAUGUCAUUUAUAUACAGGUUGUAUGCGUGGUGUACCUGUAUCGCUGCCCUCUCGAGCGAUGCACCAAGUGGCCUUUGUAGACAGGUGCGAAGUGCCAAAGGUGACCCUUAUGGACAGGUGGCUGUUCUAUAGAGGGAGUCGCUAACAGAGGUUUGACUGUAGUUAGAUUCGUGGCGUGAAUAAUACAAAGCAAUGUCCGUGAUAAUGAAGAGAAAGCAAGAGAGAAAACAUGGGCCCGUUGUCUGAAACAAAACUAGUUAAACUUAGCAUUCAGUCUUAAAUACAAACUUUUUCUCUUAGAUCGUCGACGGAAACACGGCAGCAUAAGUUACGAGAGCGAAAAAUUCUACCAAAUUUCCUCGCGACUUUACGAAACAAAGUUCUGUCGACGAAGGGUUAACGUUGAGACUAAUGUUAAGAUUUAUUAAACUUGUUUCCGACAACAGGGCCCCCGACAUUCACAACGUGCUUCCUACAAAAAGUGGAGUGAAGGACGUCCGCAAUCGAUUUCAAACACGCAAAGAUGAUUAGCUAAACGUGAAUAAAGAGCGAGAGACAAAUACAUUUAGCUAGUUGUGCAAACGUUUUCAAAUAAAGUGUUAUUAUUAU